AUGCGAAAUGACAUAUUUUCUGAAUGGUUAAUAAAUUUGAAUCGGAAAUUUCAUCUUCAGAAUCGCCAAGUCUUGUUGUUAGUAGAUAAUGCCUUAUCACAUUUUCAUAACCAACCUAGUACCCAUGAAACAUAUGAAUCAAAUGAAUCAAAUUCUGAUUUAGAUGAAGAAACAUCUAAUAAUUCAGAACUUGAAGUAACAACUGUUUCACGUAGGAAUCGUCGAGGUCGAGGUCGGCCAAGAUUAACCCGAACUAAUCAGGGUGCAAAUAAUAGUCAUAGUAAUCAUGAUAAACAUGAUAAACAUAGUAUUGGUGAAAGUAAGGGUCAUUAUAGUAGUGGUUAUAGUCAACCACACCAAAUAAUUGUUAAUUGUUGGAGGAAGACCAGAAUUUUAUCAUCAGUUUCCCAUGAAAAAAUAGAAGUUGCUAUUAAGAGUCAGGAUAUGUUGUUAGAACAGCAAGAAGAGGAUGUUAAUGACUUGGAAAAGCUUGAAGAUUCGGAAAUUAUUGAAAUUGUUAUAGAUAAAGCAAAUCAAUCAUCUAUUAGUGAUUUCUUUACACAAUUAAAUAAUGAGGAUGAUUAUAAUGUAUUGUGA